AUGACUGACAAUGCUCACAUUCAUGAGACUCCUCUUUCCUGGAUGACUCCAGCAAUCAAUCUAGCUUCUUAUGCGUCCUCUGGUGAACCACCUCCUCCCCCUUCCUGGGCUGACAUUGCAAGUGCAGUUCAUAAGCGUCCGGUAUCGUCGGCUCCUCUGGAUGAUGCAACGCUUGCCAAGCUCAAAGCUUCAAUCUCUGAUACGGUUUGGGUGGAUGGGGAGACGAAACUGUGUGCUCACCGGAGAUUCCAAUUGGCAUUAUAUGGAAAGCUGUUCGGUAAAUCUCCUCCCUUUGAAACGGUAAAAUCCAUUCUUAUGGGGUUGUGGAAACCUUAUGGGGUCUUCCACCUAUCUGAUAUGCCGAAUGCUUAUUUGCUAAUCCGUUGUGAAACUGAAACUACCAAACAGCAACUGCUCUUUGGUGGUCCUUGGACGGUGAAUGGUCUUACCUUGCAGCUGGUACCCUGGCAGCCAUACUUCGAACCAGCUCAUACCAAGCUUACAAGGGCAAUCGUGUGGCUUCAACUCCACAAUUUGCCAGUUGAACUAUGGGACGGUGAAUCUCUUGAAACGAUUACUGAGCCUAUUGGUAAACUUUUAAAGGUUGAUGAGUUUACAUUAUCUUUGUCAAGAGCCAGGUAUGCUAGAGUGUGUUUAGAAUUGGAUCUUGCUCGUCCUUUGAAGAGGGGAUUCUGGUUAGAAGAUGGGAUUUUUAAAGUUUUUGUAGUGAUACUGUAUGAGCAUCUGCCCACUUUCUGCUAUCUUUGUGGUAUGGUUGGACAUGGAUCUACCGGCUGCAGCAGCCGACUUGGAAGCUCACCGGAGGACUAG